CGCGGAGGCGGAACCGGGCGGGCGUUCGUGGCCCGGCCGCUUCCUGGUCACCGCGGGAGGAGGAGGAGGAGGAGGUGGCAGCAGCAGCAGGAGCCGGCGGAGGCGGCUGUGGGGGUCCGGCUGCCGCCAUGGCCUCGCUCUUCAAGAAGAAGACCGUGGACGAUAUAAUAAAGGAGCAAAAUCGAGAGUUAAGAGGUACACAGAGGGCUAUAACCAGAGACAGAGCAGCACUUGAAAAGCAGGAAAAACAACUGGAACUGGAAAUAAAGAAAAUGGCUAAGACUGGUAACAAAGAAGCCUGUAAAGUGCUGGCAAAACAGCUGGUGCAGCUGAGGAAGCAGAAAAAUCGGACAUACGCUGUCAGCUCCAAAGUCACUUCUAUGUCGACCCAAACGAAGGUCAUGAACUCUCAGAUGAAGAUGGCAGGAGCUAUGUCAACCACAGCCAAAACAAUGCAAGCAGUUAAUAAGAAAAUGGAUCCACAAAAGACACUACAAACUAUGCAGAAUUUCCAGAAGGAGAACAUGAAGAUGGAAAUGACUGAAGAAAUGAUUAAUGAUACUCUGGAUGAUAUUUUUGAUGCUUCUGAUGAAGAGGAAGAAAGCCAAGAUAUUGUUAAUCAAGUGCUUGAUGAGAUUGGAAUUGAAAUCUCUGGCAAGAUGGCCAAAGCUCCCUCAGCUGCCAGAGGUUUGCCAUCUGCAUCAACAUCAAAAGCUGCCACCAUAUCAGAUGAAGAGAUUGAACGACAGCUCAAAGCUCUGGGAGUGGAUUAGCUUGGUGGCAGUUUAGAGUCUGCCUUCUAAUUAUUCAGCUGUAGACAGAUGUACAAAGUGCAAAUACUCUCUCAGUGCAACUGAUUUCUAGGAAAACUCUGAAGCUUCAGAAAUGACAACUUGAAGUUGGUACUGGAGGAAGGAGAAGGGGAGAAUGUAUUAAAUCAAUUUACAGAGAGAAGUACCUUUGGUAUGUUCAUUGCAUGGACCCUCUUUGACUCUGGACCAACCAGGGGUGUAGUUCUAAUGAUAAAUUCAUUUAUACCUGAUCCAAAUUUGUCCACUGAAUUCAAAGUUUUCUUCUAUCUCAGCUCCUGAUAUCUCUCUAGAACUGGCUAUUCUGUGGCUGGUGAUGCCACCUCCUAGGACAGCACCUAUGUAAGAUUUAUCAUUUUUAUAAAACUAUCACUAUAGAAACAUUCUUAGUCUGUCAUUUUAACACUUCACCUUUGCUCUUCGUUGGAAACUGUUUUUUCCUUAAGAAAUAGCCUUGAAAGUCUAGCAAAUUUAAGCAGAAGGAAAAGGCAUUUUAUAUAAUGCUUUCAAAUUCCUGUAGCAACUUUUGAGUUGAUUAAAUAAUAGCUGGUUAUUCUUCUUACUGGAAGGGAAGGAUACACUCCUCGUGCAGUUAAUUUUUCUGGAAGAGGAUUUACAUUUGUUAGUGAACUUUGUUGCAUGAAAGGCACUGAUUGAACUCCAUUGUACUGUAACAUAGCUGGUUUCAACAGAAUUGCUGUGCCUUUAUGUAUAUAAAUCUUGUACCUUUGUGAUUUUCUUUCAGAAUGGGUUUUUGAGAGGUGAGUAAACUUGUAAUUAAGAUGGUUUCACAAAAUACUAUGGUGAGACCUCUCUGUGCACCUGAUGGGACUCAGUGCUGAAGCUGAGAAAUGCACUUGUUCAAAAAUGCAACUUGUGCACUUGCAAAAAGGACAUUUGCCUGAAGCAACAUUUGUAUAUAUUUUACAGUAUUUCUUAAUGGAAGAUAACUGUGCAUAACUGUAUUGUUUGCUAAGAAGCAAUUGAUCACAUUGAUAAGCUAAAUUAAAUUUUAGUUUUGAGAACACUUUUGGAUCAUAAAUGAUAAUUACUUGUCUAAAACACUAUAAUAAAAGUGUUCUGGUUCUGUGAAGGUUUUUCUAUGGUCUCUGAACUGCAUCAACAUGAUUCUGGCUUUAAGUGGAAUAUGCACUGGGCUAAUGAAAUAAGAACUGUUGAUACUUGAAACAGAUGACAGAGCCUGAAAAUGCAGUUCUCAGUUAUGACUUCCCAGAUAUUCCUCAGCCCUGACUCUGCUGGAGAUUAUUUGCCCCUCAGCUGUGCUGAUUUAGAGGGGCUGUUCAUUGAUCAGAAACAACAAUCAUCUUGGCUAAAAAAAGAGAAAAGCAAAAUACCUCCUAAUAGCAAAACCAGGAUAAUUGUGGGGGGACAAACUUCAUAUAGAGACUUUGCUGCUAGAGAAACUGUAGCAGGAAACCUCAAUGAACCUACUGUUGUCACACCAUCUGCUGUUUAGGAUUGAAGUCAGCAGAGAUAGAAAAUUCAUAGGAGAGCCUUCCUCGGGUUUUGGGCGUGGAAAAUGCAGGUGUUCUUUCUCUUUCAAGGAAAUAAUGGACAAACUAUGAAUUUGUCAGGUAGUGGGUAGGAAUGUGUAAGUUAAUAUAUUUCAUAUAUCCAAUACAAGGUGAAUUUUUUUUACAAGUUAUUUUGUAAAAACCUAAUAAAAGGCUUUUUAUUCCACAA